AUGUCCUUGAGAAAAAGUUCGUUAGACAAACCAGUAUCAUCUUACGUGCAGGCUUUCAUGUCGCGUAAAUGGGGCGGUGUGGUUUUGUCGAAUCCGACAGUUGGGGAAUGUAAUGACGACAAACCGGUGCAUACGCCUGUCGUUAGAGUUGUCAUGGGGACUUUCUUAUCGCAGCUGAGGAAGUUACUUGGCAUUACCAAUACAGAUCACAUCCAAGGCGCACAUAUGGAGCCUCUACGCUCAGUAGCUCCACGUCUGUGGGAGAUCGACAACCUGCUCCGCAUGAGGACCUUAGAACAGCUCGUAUCUGCUGAACGGACGCUGCAGUCUUUGGCACAAUUGCUUGGUGAGAUAUCGAACAUAGUAAUCAACGACGAGGUGGGAGCUUCCAUAAAUUCGGCAGUCAGGAGUAUCCAUAAUGCCAGCGAGUUCAUGUCAACUGGGCGGUUAUUGGAAGCCUAUGAGACGUCGCAGAAGGCUUUCCAAGCUGCGGAGAGUGCGUUUAUGGAACCCAGUCUUCUGGCGUUGUUGUACUUUCCUGAUGAUCAGAAGUACGCUAUUUACAUUCCACUGUUUCUCCCAAUAAUGUUCCCAGUGGUUUUGUCGUUGAGAAACCUGCUGCGCUGGUUCCGCGGGAAGCCUAUACGAAAAGAGAAGAAAGACUAGUGGCAUUUAUUGCUAGUACAUAAGUUCUGUUGAGAUUUAGUAUUACAU